AUGGAGGAAUUAGCAAGCACAAAGCAAGAUCAGAAACAGGUGUAUGGAGAGAUUUUAGGUGUUUUAACAGUCUUUUGGGAAUGUAAAUCAAGGCUAACAUUACAAAAGGUCUUGGUGAGAGAACAAAAGGAGCGAUUGGAAGCAGCUGUGAUGCUUAGACUAGAGCACGGGGAGAUUAGCAACAAAAAUAUUAGCUUCGUUUUGGGAUUAGAAGAAUAUGAAGUAUCAAGGGCACUAAAGAAGAAAUCUAUAGUACCUCGCCAAAAGACACUUACACAAGAGGAAGAGGAAAAGAUAAUAGCCAAGAUCAAGAUAUCUAUUCAGCAGAAUAGACCUAUGACAAAGACAGAUGUCAAGAUUUUGGCACUCAAUCUCUGGAAAGAGCGAACGGGCACAAAGAGAGAAAAGAUGCUGUCAGACUCUUGGUGGAGAGGUUUUAGAUCGAGAUACGUAGAUCUCAAGCUUAGAUAUGUUCGCUCUCAAGAUUAUAAAAGGGCACUUGCUGAACAAAAAGGUGGUUCUGACGCAUGGAUCAAGGAAACUAGAGAUUUCAUAGUAAAACAUGGUAUCAAACAAGAAAAUAUAUUCAACAUUGAUGAAAAGGGAGUUCUCUUCACAGAUACUAAACAAAAGGUAGAUGAGUCAAUCAAGCUAGACUGUGUCCAAUUUUUUGUUAAACAGCUGACAACACCUGGCGACAAGUUACUUUUGGUCGACAAUCAUGGAAGUAAUUUUAGUCCUGAAUUACUUCAAUGGGCCAAUGAAAACAAGGUUCACAUUAAGAGCUUUCCAUCCAAUAUGACACAUAUCUUACAACCUUUGGAUCUUGUCAUUUUUUCAUCAUUCUCUCAAUCACUAAAGAAUAUGAUACUAAAACAACUUCAAGACAAACCCAACUUUAAAAUCGCACCCGAACACUACCAACAGUUUUCAUACUUUGCAUGGGUCGAAGCAACAAAGCCAACCAACGUAAUGGCUGCUUGGAACAAGUCAGGUAUCAUUAAUUGUUCGCCACUCUCACCACAAGAUCAGGGAUUGAUACCAAAACCACCCAAGGCAACAAAAAAAUCUUCAAAGGCUCUUGCUCUUGUUCAAACCACUUCUAAUGCAUUGGUAACGACAGAUUCUUUACCACACAAGCAAAGAUCAAUGAUGAUGAGAGAUAAGAUGAGUACAGGCACUGUCUGGACCGACGACACAAAUCGAGACUUGGUUAUUCAUUAUAAAAAAGAGACACGAAAGAGAAGACAGCCAAAAAAAUCAGACUCUGGAGAUGUUAACCUGAGCCAAGUUAACAAUUAUAACACCUUUAACCAAAUUAAUGUGGCUACCGGCGAAAUGCGAGAUGAAAAUAAUAGACCAGCUAAAAGAAUAGCCUAUGAAAGCAAUACCAACUCAUCAUCCCAACUGUCAACCACUAUUCAAAAUCCUUCCUUUGUCUCUUCCGUCAAAUCCCUAUUUAAUAAAUUCUUGCAUUGA